AAAAGGUAGUACAGAUUGAAUGCUUGUUGUCAUUGGGUUAACCCAUGCAUAAAAUACGUAUGUGGGUGUGUAUUACCUCACACAGUAAGUACAGGAAGGGAGUGGUUUGCUCUGUCAGCUGAAUUAUGAGAAAUCCCACAGUCUGAUAUCAUUGUGAAUAAGCCGUAUAGGUGAACAAGCCGAAGAAUGAAAGCCCUGGUUUUCAGUGUUUUUGCAAGAAUAUGGACAGGGUGAGUCCACUAGCUGUUCUCGCUGCUAGCAAUGUCCUUCUACAUUUCCAACGGUUACAUGAAAAUCAGCUUUCAGCAAUCCACAAAACACAAUCAUGGCCCCUGGAGGAGGUUUUACCAAAUUCCGAUGGCUGUGCACCAUUCUCGGAUUGAUUUUUUAUAUCGGAGACAUUAUUUCAGAUCUCUUGUUAACUGUGCAAUAUUUCAGGUGCGGACAUUGUACAUGGGCUAUACUUACACUUGUCUUUAUUUUGAGCGGAUCUUUGUGCAUACAAAUAUUUAGUUAUGCAUGGUUUGAAGAUGACAGGAAAAAUGAGAAUUAUGAAGACGAAGACAAACCUCUGUCGACUGGACAUCUGAUUGGGAUACAUGUACUGCAGAUUGGCAUUUUCACAAGGUAUCACCAUCUGUUGAAAAGAAGUUAUAAAGCCCUGUGUUCAGGUCAGACUCAAGAGGAUGUGCAGUUACGUAUUUUCGCCCUUGCUACAGAUCUGAGCAUGCUCCGUUUGUUCGAGACCUUCCUUGAAAGUGUUCCUCAACUUGUUCUGCAACUCUAUAUCAUACUGGAGUACAACCAUCGCUCCAUUUUGCAAUAUAUCAGCAUGGCUCUGUCUUUCCUCAACAUAGCCUGGGCCACAGUGGAUUAUCGUCGGUGUUUCCGGCGUUCUUUACCUCACAUUAAUGAGAUGCCCUCUGGAAUGACCACGGCUGUCUAUAUGCUCUACAAGAUGUUCACCAUAACCCCUCGAAUCCUCAGCCUCACAAUAUUUAUCAUGCUUUCCACCUUCAGCACUAUAGGAAUGGCCUUUAUUUGGCUAGUGGGAACAAUCUGGGUUUAUCUAGAGAAGACUGACUUUUGCAUUUCACCGCGUCUUGAACAUCUCUAUCGAGCCACUGUCGGAAUCAUUCUACUUUUCACGUUCUUUAACAUAAAAGGGGAAAACACCAAAGUUCACAUGACAGUGUAUUACAUCCUCACUUUGAGUCAAAACAUUGCUGCUCCCAUCAUGCUGUUUCUGUUCAAACCAGAAUCUGAGGGAACGGAUUACUUCUUGCCUAUGUUGUUUUUUAUAUUAUUUUCUAAUUUCAUGGGAUUGGGUUUUUUGGCACUUUACUACACUCUGCAUCCCCGUGGGGUCAGCAGAGUGGCAGAUGAGGUUGAUGGAAUGCAACAAGAGCCUCUGAGUCCCCCGAAAACCACACGUUUAGAUCGUUUUUUACAAAUAUGACAUUGGAUUGUCAACUAAUGGCAACAAGACUAUUAAAACUGCGCAGUAGACAUAUAUUUAUGAAUGCAAUAUGUCCUGGAAUUGAUGAAGAAUAAAAAUAAAGUCUCUAAGCUAUUAAAA